GUUAAUGCCACUGACUCAAAGCAAUAAAUACAUUAGACAAUGUGUUUUAUUUUGGACAAGUUAGUCAUUCACAUGGUCUCCCCAUUGGUUAUCACAAUCUUUGAUUCGCUUGAAAGGUAUUUUAAACCAAACUAGAGUAUUAAGUUGAAUUGCUGAACUAUGUUGCUAGGCAACGGUACUUAAACAGGUGCACAGCUCUGCGUCCGAGCACGACAGAAACCCGUUUGGCCUUAAAAACUUCCCAUACCUAGUUAGAGACAAACUUUACAAAGGCUCUAUCUAAAUUCAUUAUGACUGACAUUAACACGUCUAGCGAAGUGAAAUGUACUGACAGAAUCCGAAAUAUACCGAAAGCCGGGAAACUAAUACCUCCAGGAGACAGUGUCAAAAUCUGCUUACGAGAAGUGGAAAGACCCACGACUCCACCGGUGGUGAGGAAAUUCCGCAAUAGCAACCAGCCCGGACCAGGAACUAUCCGAGUCCACACAGGGAAGGCAAAUGACCCAGAUGUUGGCAGCACUCUUGUUCAUGGUGUCAUCACCAAAGCACCCCUCACUAGUGAAAGCUUGCUAAAUCCAUCCCCAAAGACCUUGUUCCAGCAGAAGUUACAAGAACUAAGUGAAUCUGUAUAUGCCUCAAAUAAGAAGGCUCCUCUAGGCAGAUCAUGUGUCCAACGUUCUGAACUCCCCCCAUUGUGUAAUGAGAAAACUACAUUUGGCGUAAAAACAGCAAAAGGUUUGGGUGUGCGUGAGAUUAUUAACCCUGCAAAAACAGCACAGGAGGUAGAGAGGGAAGCUGAGGUGGCACAUGAUGCUUACAUCCGUAGCCGUAAUGCCUAUUUUGUUGGUGAACAAAUUAAUAGAAAUUAUGACAGGACUCGUUACAGUAAAGACAGCAGGUUUGGGAUCCUCACACCUCAUUUCAACGAUGGCCGUAAUCUUGGCAAAACUCUUCAUUGGCUGGGUGAAUCACAGAAGUUUUACAAUCCAGCUGCCUGGAAGAGAUCUGGGAACAGAGAGAAGAUAGCACAACAAAUGGGCAAAACCAUCGUCAAGAGAGAAAAAACGUUGCCUGUUCCGCCUGAUCACACGUUUGGAAUGGUCUUACCACCGGAUGAUUUUGGCAUUGGAGAGCUGAUCUACUCCACAGGUCCACGGCAGUACACGAGAGGCCCAGACAGACAGCGCAGCCUGGUGAAUGCAGUGAGGCAUCACCUUAAGAAGGUCAACUUUGAAAACUUCCCCUCCUUGCUAAAGGCAUUCAGACAUUAUGACAAGAUUGCAACAAUCUUCAGGAAUGCUGGUGUGAAUAUUUCGGAGGAGACGUUUGAGGAAGCCUGGGAACUCGCGUCAAUGAAGCAACCGACCAGGGAGGUUUGUGUGGAGAAUUUCCGCAACGUUCUCAGGGAAAUAAAAGCAAUGUAAUACCGAA